ACAAUAAUAUUGUACUAUCAUCUAAGGAGUAAAAAACAUUUCAAUUUCUAUUAUACAUUUACACACGGAUUACGUACCUACAAUGGAAAACCAAAUAAUUUGCGUACCCGGUAAGUUUUCAAUGCAAUUGAAUUAUUGUACAUGACGAUUAGUCUAUAUAGUUCACUUUAAUUUCAUUGAGGUUUUUCUAUUUGAUGCCUACCUAAAAAGUGGUGUAUUCCUGGUUAUGCACUUAUACACAAUAUAGGAAAAUUAUGAAUCCUCACUUUCCAACUAAAUCGUUUAUAGUUCUAAACUUCUUUCACUAGAUUUAUUUCUCAUCAAUCCGUUAUAGAGUUAUGCAUUCUGUAACUUUUCCAUCGUAACUUUGUUUUACUUGUACUGUUGGUAUUCCAAUUUUUAUACACAAAUUAUAUUAUCUUUCUUUAUUAUUAUGACCUUAUAGAGCAAACACGUUUGUAUCUGGAUUAUUUCCACAAGACCAUGUUGGUAUUCCUAUGCCACAUCGCUUUAAAUACUAUAUUGUAAUAUCUUAAUGUCAAAAAUGAAAUUUACUUCCAAUAAAUCCUAUUGUAAUUCACCUUUAAAGAAGCACAAUUGAAAUAGCCCAUGACACUAGUUAUAUAGCACAUUUUGAUUAGAUAGAUACCAUAUAAACACAUAGAAUGUGGCAUGUGUUAUUAUGUGUUGUUAUUUGUAAACAAUCAUUAGAACAUAAUACGUUUAAAUUUAAUAUACAUACAAGUACAAUUUUGUAGUUUUGGUUAAAUGUUUGCUAUAAUACAAAUUAUUGGGGGGCACUGGUACAGCACUAAUUGUCAACAAUAACCAUACUAUAAGUUUAAGUUAUCAUAUUUGAAUAGAUAGUUUAGUUGCUGAAGAAAAACUGUUCAAAAUUAAGAUAGUUUUAUCAACAUAGUUUGCAUUAGUUAUUAAUUAAUUGUUCAUAAAUAGUUUCUACACAAUCAAUUAACAUUUAAAAUAUAGAAAAAUAAUUUAAUUUAACUUUUUUGAAUAUUGCAUAUUAUUUAUUGUAUGUAGGACAAAGACUUUGUCGUUUAGAUGCAACGCAUACUGUAGGCAAAGGAACGUAUCAAAGACAAGAUUAUAUUUAUUCCAGUGUAGCCGGAAUUGUGAAUGUAGAUGAUACAAACAAGGUAAACAAGUUACAAUUCGUUUUAUUCUGAGUUCAAUAAGUAAUGGUAUUACAAUUGAAUAUUAUUUUAUUUAGAUAUCUGUUGUAAACAUUCAAAGUAAAGAUCAGACGGUUGUUCCUUCACCAGGAGAUGUUGUAACAGCGAUGGUAUUAUAUUAAAAUAUUAAAAAUUAGUUAAAAUUAGUUUAAUCCAAAUUUUGUAGUAAUUAACCUAAUCAUUUACUACUUCUAUCAGGUCACAACAAUAAACCAAGAUAUGUGUAAAUGUCUAAUUACCACUGUUUGUGGACAUGAGCUGAAUGAAACAUACAGAAGCAGUUUAAGAAGACAAGAUGUACGCACAAAAGAAAUAGAUAAAAUUGAUAUGUUAUUGUGUUUUAGGCCAGGAGAUAUAAUUUUAGCCAAAAUUGUGAGCAACUAGUUUAGCAACUAUAUUUGGUACUGGUCUAAUUGACUCUCAUCAAGAAUGUAUUGUCCUGCCAUUUAUAUCUCGUAUUUUCGAUGUAAUAACCAUUUUAUUUACAAUUUAUGGACUGUAAUUAAAGGUUAUAUGUAAUUAUAGGUUAUUUAUAAGUUAAAUUUAAAUUAAAAAUAAUAAAUACAAAAUUUAGAGAUGGCGGGCGUCAACUUAACUCUACUAGUUGGAGAAUACUUUUUCAGUCAACUAGACUUGUACCUUAUAUUUUGAUAACAGAGAAAUAAUUGAUAUUAUAUUACUUUUGAUUUUUCAGUUGCCAAUGACUGAAGCUCAUACCUUUAAAUUGACAACUGCUGAAAAUGAACUUGGUGUAGUUAUAGCAUGCAGUGAAUAUGGUAAAAUCUAUUAGAAUAUUUAUUCUAAUUUUGUAACUUAUUUUACUUAUUAUUUAAUUUUCAGGUUACUCAAUGGUUCCAAUAAGUUGGACUGAAAUGCAGUGUACAAAAACAAAUACAAUAGAAUAUAGAAAAGUGGCUAAAAUUGUUAAAGAUGAACAAGAAAUAAAAACAACUUAAUUAACCAAAUCAUUUUUAAUCGUACACUUUAAUAUUAUGUGUAAUAAGAUUAUUUUUAAAAGGUUUAUACUUUAUUAAAUAAAAAAAAAACUUAAAAAGAGAAAAAAAAAUGAUAACAAUGGUGUAUUUCAUUUUUAUUUCAACACUAAUAAGAUGAAAUAAAAUAAAAACUUAUGUCAAGAGACUUGAGAGGAUGACUUAAUUUCAUUUAAUUUUUUCAUUUGAGCUAGGUUGUAGAAUUCUUUCAAUUCUUCUUCAAAAGAGUGUUCAGCAUUUCCAGGAAUAGGUGACCUCACAGCUGCCAACUUGCUUGCGUAUGUGUACCAAUCAGUUAACCAUUCAUCGUCUAAAUAAUUUAAUGAUUAUCUCUAUUUUGAAGCUAAUUUUAAUUUUAAUUAUAUCAUUUUAAAUGUGUUAAUUACCUAAAUCGUAAUAUGGAGUUUGAGUUUGUUUCCGUUCACCAAAUCUAAUAUCCAACUGGACUUGAUUAGCAUCAUCAUUUCCAUGAUUUAUAGCACGUUCAGCUUCUGAUCUUUCGGAAUAUGUAACAAAUGCAUAAUAAACACGGAAGCUAAACAGAAAUAAUAUUUUGUAUGAAGUUAAUUACAAACAAUAUAAAAAUAAAGUAGUAUUUAUACUCAGGUUUUCUAUGUAGUGUAAGACAUUGUAUUACACCAAAUUCCUUAAAACGAUUGUAUAGAUAACGCUUUCCAAAUUUGAUAGGUAUCUGCCCAACAUAAACCACUCUUUUCUGUUCUUUCAACCUAUGUUUUUGUAAUUUACAGUAACAAAAUGUAUGACACAUAUACUUCAUAAUGAAAUAAUUCUACAAUUUUAAAUUUGUAUUACCUUGGACCAUUAUUUCGUAUAUUUUGACCAUAUGGCCCACCUUCACGUGGACUAUCAAUUCUGUUGCGAUUAUAAUAAUCAUCAGAGUUUGAUGAUCGAUUAGUUUUAUUACAAUAGUCAGCUCUUAAAAUUAAAUUAAAUAUCAAUAUCUAUUAUACUCAUUGUGUAUGUAAAAUUAUUCUAACCUCGAUGACGAAAUGCGAUGAGACGUAUGGACUCUGGUCUGAUGACCUUUUUUUUGAGACUUAUCAUCUUUUUUUAAAUACUCUUCAUGUAUGUAUUUUCCUUGGGUUUUGUCGUUAGACAUGUUCGAAUCACUUAAAGUAUUUUCAUUCUCU